AUGAAAAAGCGGAAAGGACCUUUAUUUUUUAUGUUAGAAAAAAGAUAUAUUACAGAAAGAACUAAAAAUGAUAAACAGCAAUGUAAUUAUAAAUUAAAAAAAGAAAGUAAAUUGUAUCAAAGAAAAGGCAUUAGAAAUAAGUGCGUGCUUUAUAAAUAUACUGAUUUAUUAUUAUUUCUUUUCUUAAUAUUUAUAUUAUUUCAGGAUAUAUAUUCACACAAUGAAUUCACAAAGGUAGAUGCCUUAAAAUAUAGUCCUAAAUGGUUGAGACUAUUAAGUGAUGUAUGUUUUCAAAACCAACAUGAUUAUAAUUCGCAUAAUAUGAAUGAACCAUCAUCUAUAGGAUAUAAUUCUAGAGAGUGUGCAACUACCAUUAAUGGAAAUAAUUUUAAUGAUAAUAACUUAUUAAAUAAAUAUCAAGGUCAAGGUGAAGUUCAAAACCAAAGGAAUAGUAAUAAAGGAACUAGUUCUAACAUAUUAAAGGAAUCAAAAAUUGGAAAUACAUCUCAAUCUAACACAAAAUGUUUAGAUUAUGAUUUAAGUCUUUUAGAGAAAUCUUUUCAAGGGAUGUCCUUCAAUACACAUAGUGAAAAAGGUAUAAAUAAUGAGGAAUAUAUAAAUAAUAGGGAAAAUAGAAAUAAUGGAAAUAGUUAUCAAAUAUUAAAAGAAUCAAUAAAUGGAAAUCCUACUAUUACUUCUACUAUUAAUAAUAAUAAUAAUAUUGGUAGUAAUAAUAAUUCAAGGGAUUAUAUUGAUAAAAUGGGAAAAAGUGCUCCAGGUGUUCAUUCAAAAAAUAUGAAUGCAGGAGGAUAUGAUAGUGGUAGUAAUUCCCAAAUGUUUGUAGGAAAUAAAUAUGACAAGAAAAACUAUGAUGAUAAUAAUUAUAAUAAUCAUAAUAGUAAUAAUUACAAUAGUUAUGAUUUAAAUGGUUAUAACCAUAAAAUGGAUGGUAGGAACACAUCACAAGGUAAUUUUCAAAGAGAUCUAUACGUAGAAGAAAAUUCAAGAAAUUAUAAUAAUAUUUCAUAUAAUAAUUAUUCAAAUCAUAGAGAAUAUCCAUAUAAUAAUAAUAAUAAUUAUUAUUAUUAUGGUUAUGAGAAUACCAGGAAUAAUCAUCAUAAUAUAAGACAAGGAAAUUCUCAAAGAAUUUCUGUAGUAGAAGGAAACGAAAGAACAUGUUCCAUGUCAAGUAACUAUAAUACAUAUAACGAUCCAUAUUAUUAUAGUCAUUAUAAUAAUAACAAAUGGAAUGAUGAUUUUCAUGUAAUGGAAAAAGAAUUUGAAAAACUCGUUUAUCAGAAACAUGGUGAAAAUUAUAGUGAUCAUAAUAUGUAUGCGUAUAAUAAUGAUUCAACUUAUCGAGGUCAAUAUUACGACCCAAGUAAUAUUGAGGAUUAUUUAGGAACUAUAGAUGAAGCUUUUGAAAAGGUUCAUUUUAAAGGACAGGGUAUUAGGAAUCCUGAUUUUAAUACAAAUUUUAAUUAUAAAGAUUAUAUGACAGGAAAUAUGAAAAUUGAUUUAGUUGAUAGUUCAGACGAAGAAUUUGAAAAUAGGUAUAAUAGUAAUUCCUCUACUCAGAAAAAAAAAAAAAAAAGAAGCAAAGUACCUGAUUCGAGAAAACAUAGUCGAACAUUACGUAAGAGAGAUGACAAUAAUGAUGAUGAUGAUAAUGAUGAUGAUGUUAAUAAUGAUGAUGAUGUUAAUAAUGAUGAUAUUUGUAAUGAUAGUGAAUAUGAAUUUCCUACGAAAUAUAAUGAUUAUGAUGAGAAUUGUUAUGAAACUGAAGGUGAAACAAAGGGGUCAUUAUACUCUGAUAAUUAUAAUAAAAAAAAAAAAACAGAUAGUAUGAAUAAAAUUGCAAAAAAAGAUUCUUGUUCUGACUUACAAUACGAUAAAAAGAAAGAAGAGAACAAAUUACUUACAGUCUUUGAAAGUAAUACAGGAGUUGAUGCAAAAUGGAGUGGUUCGAAAGAAAAUAAAGAUGAUAAAUCAAAUAAUGAAGAGCUUGUUAGUUUUGAAGAAAAUUAUACAGAAAAGGAAAUUAAUGAUAUUCUUUCAAAACUAAAUGAAUUUGUAAGUUUGAAAGAUAUGUUUAUUAUAUUUAAUCAUGUUAAAAGAAUUGAAAGGAAAAAAUUCCUUUGUAUGGAACAAUAUAUUAAUGAAUAUAUAGAAAAGUUGAUAAAAAGUAAUAAUGUUCCGACUUAUAUAAAAAGGAAAUGUAUGGCCAAAGUAAAUUUUCAUAUGACUAAUGAUUACUUAGAUUUGGAAGAAAGAAUUUUACAAAAUUUUUAUACUAUGUUAUAUAGAGGUAGUAUGUCUAAGUCUAAAUUUAUUCAACUAAUAAAUGAACAAAGAGAUAAUUGGUUGAAUCAAAGAAGACAAUUGAAUGUUAUGUGGAAAGAUAUUAUGGAAAGAAGAAUGAAGUGGUAUGCAUUUCGUUUAAAAAAAGAUAAAACUAUUUUUGAGUGGAUAACAUUCCUUACUAUGGACUAG